CCAGAAGCAGGAGAAACACACAAAAUUCCCAAAAGAAAAAAAAGGGUACUUUUUGGGGAUAUCAAGAAACCAAAAAAAAAACGAAAAAGAUUUGCGAUACACAAGAAAGAGAGGCCAAGAAUCCAAGCAUACACAGCUAGUCCAAGAAUUGGCCAAAUGGCAGCAGCUUCUACUUCCAUGGCGGCUACUGCCGUCUUUGCCUCUCCUUUCCCACUUUCCUCCACCACCAAAGCCGCCCCAGCUCGCUUCUCCACCUUGCCUUACCUUCCACCACGUCUAUCUGCUACUGCCUUCCCAUCUUCUCUCAAAUUUUCUGAGCUCAAGAGGUCUUCGCUACUCCAGGUCAAAGCAUCUUCAUCAGAAGAAUCUGGUGCUGUUGAUACUAGUGAAUUGUUGACUGAUCUAAAAGAAAAGUGGGAUGCUCUUGACAACAAAUCUACAGUUAUAAUUUAUGGAGGUGGGGCAAUUGUUGCAGUUUGGCUGUCUUCAAUUGUUGUUGGUGCUAUCAACUCAGUUCCUUUGCUCCCAAAAAUCAUGGAGUUGGUAGGUCUUGGAUAUACUGGGUGGUUUGUCUACCGCUACCUUCUCUUCAAGUCAAGUAGAAAAGAAUUGGCUGAAGAUAUCGAGCAGUUGAAGAAGAAGAUUGCAGGAACCGAAUAAAUGCCAGCACCAGUUCUGUACAAUGAGGCAUAUGCUCGUGUGAAGUAGAGUAGAUUUUGAUGUAAUUUUCAUUUUAUCAGAGCAACAUCUUCAAAUAAAAUUCUGUAUUUACCUUACAGUUCAUUGUGCUUAUAAAUCAUAUAGUAUUUCUUUUGUUUCUAUAAA